GGCGGUCCUGGUGACGUAACUGGGUGCGGACUCUGGUAGUGUGUGUAUAAAUGAGUGUGUGUGUGAAUGUGCUUCACCUCCUGCAGAAUUUCCUUCUGACUUCUCUGCCUCUUCUUUCUCUCAUCUCAACUACACGUCUCCAGCCUCCUGCUCCACCAUGUCAUUCAUCCAGGCCCUCCUGCAGCAGACAGUUUAUCUGGGAAUGCCAGACGACUCUGUCCUGAAGAACGAAGGAACAGUGAAACCUGCUCUGAACUUCAAUCCCAGUGCUGAUGUUGCUGCUCUGGAAAAAGCCAUCAAAGCUAAAGGUGUGGAUGAGAACACCAUCAUUGAAGUCCUGGUGAAGAGAAGCAACCAGCAGAGGCAGCAGCUUAAAGAGGCUUAUCAGCAGAGCACCGGAAAACCUCUGGAGGCCGCACUGAAAGCUGCUCUGAAGGGAGACCUGGAGGAUGUGGUUCUGGCUCUGCUCAAAACCCCGGCUCAGUAUGAUGCUCAGCAACUCAAAAUGGCCAUGAAGGGUAUUGGGACGGAUGAGGACACUCUGAUUGAGAUUCUGGCCUCCAGGACCAACAGAGAGAUUCUGGACAUCAAGAAGGCCUACAAGGAAGAUUACAAGAAGGACCUGGAGGACGACAUCAGGUCUGACACCAGUGGGGACUUCAGAACUGCUCUGCUGUCUCUCUGCAAGGCUGGCAGGACUGAAGGAGUUGCCGAGCAGCUGGUGGACAGUGAUGCCAGAGCUCUUUAUGAGGCUGGAGAGGGACGUAAGGGCAAAGACUGUUCUGUCUUCAUCGAGAUCCUGACCACCAGGAGUGCCCAGCAUCUCCGCAGAGUGUUUGACAGAUACUCCAAGUACAGUAAGGUGGACGUGGCCAAAGCCAUCGACCUGGAGAUGAAAGGAGACCUCGAGAGUUGCCUCACUGCCUUAGUGAAGUGCAUUGGAUGCAGACCUGCAUACUUUGCUGAAAGGCUGUACUUGGCCAUGAAGGGUAAAGGGACCCGCAAACACAUUUUGACCCGUGUCAUGGUGAGUCGCUCUGAGAUUGACAUGAAACACAUCAAAGAAGAGUACAAGAAGAACUACAGCAAGACCCUCUACCAGGAGAUUCUGGACGACACUAAGGGAGACUAUGUGAAGAUCCUGCUGGCCCUGUGUGGAUCUGAACACUAAAAUCGACUGAUCCGUGAUAUCAAAGAUAUGAUCAACAAUCAGACUAGCUGUUAGCAAAAUGACUUUUAACCCUUUAGAAGUUAAUUUUUAACAUGGAACUUUUAUUUAGAAGACAGUAUCUUUCCCAUUACAUUCAACACUCCUGUUCAUUAAUUUUUCUGUGACAGUAUCUGUCUUUACACAUGAGCUGCUUUAACAUGUUUACUCAUCUUUAUCACCAGAAGAACUGAAGGAGCUUAAAUAUUCUGCAAAUAAAAACUUUUUCUGAAGGCCAA